CUGUGGACCAGGUGGACUGGAAGGGGCGGAGGUAACUAACUAGCAGCGGCCAGAGGUGGCCGCCCGCCCCCUCCUCGCAGGACACGCGCGCCUGGAGAGGGCGCGAGCUGCGGGGCCGGCUGUCUUCCGAGCUCGGACCCCGCUGCCAUCUGCUCUGCGAUUCGCGCGCGUAUCCCCCCCGCCGCGCUCAGUUCCAAAUCGGCCACCAUGGAGGCGCAGGCACAAGGCUUGUUGGAGACCGAAUCUUUGCAAGGAAGAGAUGAGGAUGCAGUAGCCAGUGCUGACUUCUCUAGCAUGCUCUCUGAGGAGGAGAAGGAGGAGUUAAAGGCAGAGUUAGUCCAGCUAGAAGACGAAAUUACAACAUUACGACAAGUUUUGUCAGCAAAAGAAAGACAUCUGGUUGAAAUCAAACAAAAACUCGGCAUGAACCUGAUGAAUGAGCUGAAGCAGAACUUCAGCAGAAGCUGGCACGACAUGCAGACCACAACGGCAUACAAGAAAACACAUGAGACCCUCAGCCACGCAGGGCAGAAGGCAACUGCAGCUUUCAGUAAUGUGGGCACGGCCAUCAGCAAGAAGUUUGGAGAUAUGAGGUCUCACUCAAUUGGGUACUCCAUUCGCCACUCCAUAAGUAUGCCUGCCAUGAGGAAUUCUCCUACUUUCAAAUCAUUUGAGGAGAGGGUUGAGACAACUGUCACAAGCCUCAAGACGAAAGUAGGUGGGGCGAACCACAGUGGAGGCAGUUUUGAGGAGGUCCUCAACUCCACAGCCCAGGCCAGGUCCCAGAGCGCCUUGGGAGGCCCCCGGCAGACCAAGGGUGAGGAGCCACAGUGCUAGGUGCAGCCAGCCUGUGGCCGAUGUCCAACCCAUCUCUGCCUGCCUUUCUCCAGAUAUGAAGACCAAGAUCCCGCUGAAGAACUGAAGUUUUGAUAUUGUUAUCAAAUGGCCUCUCUAUUUGUAUUUGUGUAGAGGAUGGACCACAUGACCACGCUGCAGCAUUCAGAUUGUCCUCUUUUUAAAUGGCCAAACUGGAGCAGGCCCACAGUUGGUUGUAACUCUUGUCUGUGUAACUCAAUGUAUAUUUCCCAAACAGGUACCUUCAUUCUUAGCUUUGGUUUUUGCUUAGCCUCCAUAGCAAUGUGCAUGUCCCUGAAGGCCGAGUCAACAGGAGCUCUUUAGGACUGUCUCCAACAGCAGGAUGACAACUCCCUGCAAAUUUCAUCAAACCCCUUGUGAUCGCUCACCUACAUCAAUUAUGUAUGUUUAUUUGAGUAAUUAAAAUAAUUCACUUAA